UGGUGAAAACCAAAUAGUAAUGAGUCUUGUACUGGUUGAGGCUUACAUUGACAAUCAUAUGGUGGUGAAAGAGCCUUACUGUGGAAUAUGAGUGACUGGGGCCCCUUUGGGCAUCACAGUAAAGUGACGCUAAAACAAAUUUUAGAGAGUUCUGGACAACCAGUCAGUGAAGAGCAGGCCUGGGCUCUAUGCUAUCAAUGCAGCUGCAAACUGAAGCAAAUUUUGCUGGGAGUUGGGUAUUUACCCAUUUUAAGGGGUAUAGAUAAUAUCUAUCUUCACUGGGAUGGAACUGUGUCUUUUGCACCCUCUACUGUUCCCCAAGACUCAAACGUUUUGGAGAAAAAGAUCACGGAGUGGCUGGGUAAGGCCGUGUACACAGCUCUGGACUGGGGUCUCGGCAGUAAAAUAGAGCGUGUGCUAAGUGACUCACUGAACAACCUACUUCUCUGCAUGCUGGGGCUAAGCCCUGCCAACAGCGACUACACCACUGGCAGUUGGUGCACAUUCAUGCUGAAUGACAUUAUUAAGCAAUGUGUUGAAAGAAUGUUCGUUCCUUCUGAAGCAUCUGCUCACUACAGAGCUGUCUGCCGCAUCCAGUUUGAACAACACAAGGAUAUUUGCAAACUCUUGCAAACCAUAGAGCUAUCGAAGCAGGCUUUAAAGAGAUUUACUCCUAAAGAAGAUUUGAAAGAAUUUUCCUUCAUCAUUGAUGAGAAUUUGAACAAUGUGUGGAGCAGUGUAAUGAAUGAACUCCGACUUGGGAUCAUCCUCCGCAGUGCCAAGGAGAGAACCUACAAUGCACUGCCUGUUGAGUACACACUUACUCCAUAUGAGCAGCUGAUGAAUGAUAUCCGGUCCAAGAGAUACACCCUGCGAGAAGUGAAGGAAUGUGACCAGACUAAAUCAAGCAGAAGUGAAGAUAAUGUUUUGGAUCUUAUUCGUUCACAUAGGCUCAAACCGGCAUCCGAGAGAAAGCUGAAAGAGCGAUCCCAGGAAGAGCCAAGUUUGCACGAGCUGCUGAUGUCCGAAAUUAAAUCUUCCAAAACCCUCAGAGCAACAUUUAAUGAUAAAAGGAGCUUAAUACAAGAAGAAGAGUUUAAAUCCGUGAACAACUUGUGUUCUGUCUAUCAUGAUUAUUCCCUGUACUUCGGCAGAAUGGGGAGGAGGACUGGCCCGGCUGUUGAUCUACUGGACAGUGGAGUAGUUGGGAGAAUUAGCUGGCACUCUCGCUUCAGCUAUGAAUACUCACCGAACAACAAAUCUUCUGAUGGGACGUCAAGCAGCACUGAUCUGUCAUUUGUGCCUGUGCUGACAUCUUCCCAAGUGGACCUCAGCAUAAACAGCAUUUUGAACCAUGGGAAGCUGAUGUCUGGCCACAAACGCUCAAGUUCAUAUGAAGGGUUCAUCCAAGGAAGCGGUUCCAAACAGAGUUGGCGUGCUCAAAGAAUACGUCUACCCCCGACCAUCUCAGAGUUGGUUCCUGUCCGGCGGGCAAUGAUCAAAACAGAAAUGCUGGUCUUCACAUCAAGCUCCGACAUUCCUGGUUACAAGGCUUGCUCUAGCUGUUACAGGAAGAGACUCUUCUUUUUCUGGCCGUACUCCUGCAAAUUCUGUGACCGGACCAUGUGCCCAAAAUGCCACAUUGAGAUGUUGAUGCCUUUCAAGCAAUGCAUACAUCUUCCGGUGAGCUUCUUCAAACCGCUGGUCCUGUCUGAAGUGAAUGAACCAAUGUGCCAGGCACAGAAGAACAGAAUGUUCCUCAGGGAAACCUUACACUGGGAUUAUUCCAGUGUUCCACUGGUGUUUGGACCCAAAGCUGAAACGGAGAAUUCCUUCCACAAGAGGGUAAUGUACAACUGGACUUGCAUGGACAUCUGUUUUAAAUGCAGUGAGUACAUCUUGGAUGUUAUAGAUAUGAACCAGAGUGAGUUCUCAGGCAGUGGAUUAAAGUCUCGCAGCAGUUCUGAAUCCUCUGCAUCUUUGCCAAGACAUUAAGUACAUAAGGAAUCUCUUCUCCUCAAACCUUCACUUCAGAAUGUAUCUUCUGCUUGGGAUCAUUCUAGGAAGCCACCCGACCAUUGUACUGCUCUUUGGGUGUAAGUGAGAAAAUGAUGGGACAAAGAUGACCUCAAUGAAAGACUUUUACCUUUUAAAUGUUUGUGUGUUUGACUGUGUUAUGUUCUAAUGACUAGGUCCAUUAAAAUAGCCUAUUCUUACUUAAUGCCAGUUGCCAAAAAACACUUCCUUUUUUUUGUUGUUGUUGAUCUUUCCCACCCCCUUGUGCGGAAUGGGGGUAAAUAUAUAUGUAUCUAAAUGUACUUUCUAUGAAGUUUUAGAAUAAGUAUGCUAUGGUUGGUCACUGACCUGGAAGCAUUGGCUAUCUCACGUAUUUUUAUUCCUGCAAUUGAUGGUGCUAAAUUUCACAAUAUUUAAGAAAUUAUAAAUAUUUUAAUAUUUAUUAUUAAUUUAAAUUCAUAUUCUUGCGUGAGUUUGUUCUAUGAAUACACAGAGCUAAAGAACGGUUACACUUUAUUUUUUUUAUUGGACUAUAUUGUGAAUCACUAAACACUACCACUUUGCAUGAUUUCUGGUGUUUGGGCAUAUAUCAGCGCUAUCCUUAAUGUGUUUUUUGUCUAGCUGACUUCUUGAAGUAUUUUUGGAGCUUUUAUUUUGGCCUUAAGUGUUUGAGUAGGAUGUAUGUUCUGUUAAUUGUAAUCUUUAAAAUAAAGAGCAAGAAUAUGAUGCA